CUCCUCACCCCCGUCACUCCUCUCAUUGCAUAGCACGCCGGUAAUUUCGGUCACGUUCCCAACCCCUUUAACCUUAUUUAUUCACGUUCUCUCAUUUCUAUCUACAGCAGGUUUAUUAAAGCGGCGUUACAACAUUUAGCGGCACCCACACACCCCAGUCCUACAUAACCGGGGAGGGUGGUGGAGGAGAAGGAGGGGGGGGGAAGGUUGUCGGCCGCCUCAUCCAUGUAUUGGAGUCCUGGGCCCCAGCGCACCGGCUCCGGCUUCAGCCAUGUCGGCACAGAGCGCAGCGGCUGGCGGCGGCGGCGGCGGUGACUGGACGGGAAGCGAACCGGCAGAUGAUGUGCUGGUUGAGGAAGAACAGAGCAAUUCUCUGCCCAGCUUGGUGACCCCAUCCUUAACCUCCGGCAUGUCCUUUAGCAUGGACAUGCCAAGGAAGCGCAAGGGAAGCACAGACAACCAGGAUUCAAAAUUGGCUUUAAUCAAUGAUGCGGAUAUGGAAGAUGACCAAAACAGGUCAGACGGAGAGGACCAACAUGUCAAAAUUAAAUGCUUCAGGGAACCUCACAGCCAAAUUGAGAAGAGGAGACGGGACAAAAUGAACAAUCUCAUCGACAAGCUUUCAGCCAUGAUCCCUACGUGUAACCCCAUGUCCCGUAAGCUGGACAAACUCACGGUGCUUCGAAUGGCAGUGCAGCACCUGAAGUCCCUCAAAGGCUCAGCGAGCUCCUUUUCCGAAGCGAGCUACAAACCAUCAUUCCUUCCUGACGAAGAGCUUAAACACCUUGUGCUCAAGGCUGCAGAUGGGUUCCUGUUUGUAGUGGGCUGUGAUCGUGGGAAAAUAGUUUUUGUCUCAGAGUCCGUCACAAAGAUAUUAAAUUAUAGUCGGACGGAGCUGAUUGGACAGAGCCUGUUUGACUACAUACACCCCAAGGACAUGGGAAAAGUGAAGGAGCAACUGUCUGCUUCUGAGCUGCACCCUCGCGAACGGCUAAUAGAUGCUAAAACUGGUCUGCAGGUCCAGGCUGACCUUCCCAUCGGCGCGUCGCGGUUGUGUUCGGGCGCUCGUCGCUCCUUCUUUUGUCGCAUGAAGUACAACAAGAUACCUGUGAAAGUAGAAGAAAAGGAAACCCAGGCCAACACCUCUAAAAAGAAAGAGUCUCAGAAAUACUGCACAGUCCACUGCACCGGAUACAUGCGCAGCUGGCCAACCAGUCAGAUGGGAGCGGAGGGGGAAGGGGAAGCAGACAAGCAGGACAGCUCCUACUUCAGCUGCCUGGUGGCGGUGGGACGCAUCCAUUCACACUCGGCGCCGCAAGUUAACGGAGAGGUCCGCGUUCGACCCACCGAGUUUGUUACGCGCUACGCCAUGGAUGGAAAAUUCACCUUUGUUGAUCAAAGAGCGACAACCAUUCUAGGUUACCUUCCCCAGGAAUUGCUCGGGACCUCGUGCUACGAGUACUUCCAUCAAGAUGACUUGCUCCAUUUAGCUGAUCGACAUCGAAAAGUCCUGCGGAGUAGAGAGAAGAUUGAGACGAACUGCUAUAAAUUCAAAACAAAAUACGGUUCUUUUGUCACUCUGCAAAGUCAGUGGUUUAGUUUUGUCAAUCCCUGGAACAAAGAGGUCGAAUAUAUAGUGUCAACCAACACAGUCAUAUCGUAUGACAACAGCCGAACGGGGCGGUCAGGACAUAAGUCGGAACAGUCGGGCAAUUCCAAGGCUUCAGAAGACUGCAAGAAGUCCCUUCCGGUUAUACCAGGCAUCUCCUCUGCAUCUGGAACAAUGAUUUACGCUGGAAGCAUUGGGACACAGAUUGCCAACGAGCUGCUGGAUUUCAACAAGCUGAACUCGUCACCUUCCAGUGGGAACGUCAGUCCGUUCAGUCUGGCACAGGAUAAGUCUCCUCAAACUCUCCAUCAGAUCACCAACAGUGUACCAAACGGAGAAACUUCGGAUAUGGAGAUUCCAGGAAAGUCGAGCUCAGAGGGCGAACCUCAAGGGGCUUCGUUCUCAGGAGGAGACUCGCUCAUGGGGGAGAAUUCCCAGCUGGAUCUGGACAGCGUCGUCGGAGCCAGCCUGAACAGUCUUAGCAACGACGAAGCAGCCAUGGCGGUGAUCAUGAGCCUGCUGGAGACCGACACAAACUUGGGAGAAGCCGUAGACUUUGAAGAGAUGCACUGGUCUUUAUAGAACCCGUUUUUCAGCUGCUGUGGGGAAAACGUCUGAACGAUCGCCGUCUUUGUGACAGGAAUGCUAACUCCAAAAAGCAGCACUCGUGUUUUUUUUUUUUUUUUUUUUUUAGAGACUUUAAAUUAUUAGUUACACCCUUUCAUCAUAAAGCGAGUCGUUUCUACUGCGGUCACAAGAUCGGGGGCCGGUGACAAUGUGGGACACUGUUUCCCUCCUCGGAUGGAGGAUGUGCCCCCUUGAGCCCCUGCGGCUGUUUCUCACUGACAAAAGUUUGAACAAGUCCAGACAAUAAUCAUAAGGGGAAUUCCCAACUUUUUAUCCCUCCAUCCCAGUUUUAAAAAUGGUUUAGGAAUGGGAAUGCAAAAAAAAAAAAAAGUACUGAACUUAUGAUAGGUUGCUACUGUAUGAUUAAAAGAACACGGGGAAGACCACCUGGCCCCUCUCUGUAAAGUCUCAGGAUCUAAAGCGUUAGCAUGGAGCGUACCACGGCAGGCCACGCCUCUAGCCUCUACCUUUGAGGGUCGACUCUGAUGCUCGGAGGGUUUCUCCUGUCAAUAUCUGAACUUCUUAUUUUCAUCUGAGCAACCCUGCAAAUCUAUUCUCUUCUCCACUAGCCUGUAUUUGUUUGGGGAUAAUGAGGGCAAACGCCGCAUUUUCAGACCACAUGUGUCUUAAAGGGACAGUUUGCAAAGGAAGCCUCGGUUGUUCUUAACUUUAGCAUCAGAUAUGGAACCGGUCGACACAAUAUUUGUCCUUAUAUUCAGAACUAUUGCAGAACACGUCCGCUUCAUCCUAAGCCAAAAAAAAAAAAAGAAAUUUUUUUAAAGUGGUGACGAUGAGGUUUUGGUAGCAACAGCUAAACGCCUCACUUUACAUUUAAUCAGUCUGUGUUACAGUUGAAUCUGAGUAAUGAUAGAAGAGAUAACUCAGGGAGUUACCCUGUUUAAGGAUUUACAGACUUCCCUGCUUUCUGUGUAUUGUUGCCCAGUUCACCCGUGUGUUCUUAUGGAUUAUCAACUUUAUAGUUUUGCAGGUAAGCUUUCUCUUUUCUUUUUUUUUUUUUUCUCCUAUGUACAUUUAUGCACUGACAUCUUUCCGAAGACACGACGAUAUUUCUCCGUGCUUAUUGGGUGCGCUGCCUCGUAUAGCUCUGGUCAGUAGUUUACAUGCAUUGUCUGCCAGCAUAGAUGUUGUACUAUUUGGACGUCUGAAGUUUUAAAAAAUAAUUUUAAUAAUCAAACAACAUACAUUUUUUUUAAUUAUCAUUGAAACAAGAAUUGGCUGCGCAGUUUUAAAUUCAUUGUGAAUUUCUUCUCAUCCACUCAGUGGUAAAUUUAUACACGCAGGUUUUAAAUAUAGAUCCGCUCCCUGUAUUGUUUGUAUAAAUGUCUCUUGGAGAGUUUUGGAGAAACCCCAAAGUUUUUGCCAUAAUUCUGGCUACGUGUCAGAGCACCGCUGUCAUCAUAAACAGGGGAGCUUGUUUGAUUUGGUUGAUUUGCUGCCAGGAUCCUGAGUUUUGCUGCUGCCUUUUGGUCACAUUUGGCGAGCGAGUCAUUUAUGGGGGCCUAGUUCCACGACAUUGGCCCUCCUGGGUCCCCUCAACAAUGUCUUCCACCUCUCAACCCCAUUUCCUGUCAGGCCACUUUCAAAUAAAGGCCACUAGGGCCAUAAAAUUAAAAAAUAAAUACAUAUUAGCAAAGUACUUUUACUUUCAACAGGAUUGAGGUCAGGGCCAAUCCAGAAGCUUCAUGUUGGUCUGAUUUUAUCUAUUCCAAAACCACUUUCAGCCAUCUAGCUGUUGAUUUGAGGCAGAGUUGAAGGCUUUGUGCAAAGUCCUUUUUAUUUAUUCCCCUUGUUUUGUGAAAUGCGCCAGUACAACUGAUAGUGAAACAGAGCCUCAGCAUGCUGCUGCCACUCCCAUGCUUCACAGUUGCUGGCUUCCCAAACCUCACCUUGAUUUUCCCCCAGACAUUCCUCUUGUUGUUAUGACCAAAUAGCUCGAUCUUCGCCUCGCCUGCCCAUAAAACGUUUAUGUGGACGGUGACACUAGUGUUCAAAACAGCUUCCAGUUUAUGGCCUCCCUAAGGCCCUGACCACAAGCCUAUUGAAUAUGUAUUCUUAAAAGCUGUGUGCAUAUUUGACCCUGUAUGAAUUUAAAACAAAUUUAUCUCGUCUUUAAAACUAAUUAAAGUUGCUCUAAGAACUGGUUUAAAGAAGGGUUCAAAUAUGUAAUUAAAAGCCCCAGAUUUAUCUUUCACACGAACACCUGUGAUGUUUUGUAUGUGAACUUCAGACCAGAACUGUGCGUUCGUUGAGGGAUCGUGCUAUGCAGAACUAUCAUUCCAUACAUUUCUACAUUGAAAUGUGUUCGCUGUAGUUUUCUCUCUGCAUAACAGUUUUGUGCAUGCAUAACGUUUAUUUUAAAACUUGGGAGUCUCUGAAUUUUUUUCCGAACCCUGUUGCCGUUUACCUCAUGUAAAGUUUUGACUUCCCUCUUAGAAUUGCACAUUUCAUCUGAAAGGGAGAAACGUGAUAGCCGUUAUUAUGAUGAUCUGUUUUUUUUUUUUUUUUUGGUGAUCCACGGUACAGAUCUGUCCCACAAAUGUUCCCUCCAAAUUGACAAAAUUCCCGCUAAUAACAGCUAUUAUUGGAGUUAUGUACUUGUCUGUCGGCUCAUAGAAAGAAGCUAAUUUAUUGGUUGUUUUGAUUGUAUAAAAAAUAUUUUUAAAUGUAAAAUGCCAAACUAUACAGGCAUUUGAUAUGCUGUCAAGUUCCUUUGCCAUUAACACAUUUGUUUUAAAGUUAUAUCCUCCCGAGUGUCGCGGAUAUGACAUGUUUUUUUUUUAGGUUUUGAACACAUAAUGUUAUAAGAAGAGCUUUGGAAAGAAAAGCAGACAAUUUUACAAUAUUUUUGUCAGAAAUGUGUGUAUGUCUAUUUUACCCCAUAUAAAUACUAUCUGAGAUACUUGCACCUAAGCAUUACAUGGAAUAGUUUGUUGUUGUUGGUAUCUAGGGCCACGAUUUAACGAUUUCCUGAGGACUGUUAGGUUUUUAUUUUCCCAAUAAGAACUCCUGUUUCGUGGAUAGAAAAGGUUGUGAAUCAUGAAGAAUGCUGUCUUGUCUUAUUAAGCUUGAAUUUUUGAGGAGCCAGUCGACGGAGCAGCUGUAUUCACAGGGACCUUCCUGCCUGUGUCCGAAGUGCCUUUGGACAUUUCUGCUCGGACACACAAUGAAACCUGUGUUUAUCUUUAGUUUUUUUUUUUUGUUUUUUUUUCUCGGAGACACCUCUGCGGACUGAACGGAGGGCUAAAAUGUAUAUUGUUGGAUUAACUUGAAGCUCCAUGGCGUGCUGUGCUCACCGUGGAUGAAGUGGAUACUUAUGCAGACGUGGAAGCAGAAGCCACACAUGUUGGCUUCAGAACUCACUACCUAACCAAACACGCAGAGCUAAGGAGUCAUGCCAUGGAUGCAGGCUGGUUCCUUUUUCUUUCUUUUUUUUUUUUUUUGAAAGAAAAAAAGCAAAAAGACAUCUUUUUCUAAAGGCCAUUUGGUGUUGUUACUGUGCUGCUUCCUCCAUCGUUUCUCUGUUGUGGCCAUUGUUCCCCCCCCCCAGAAAAACAUAAUAUAUUGCUGUCAUGUCAGCUUGUUUUUGCUGUGACAGAGUGAUUGACCUUUUCAGAGAUUUGCUUUGUUUCCAUUUGAAAUAAAAUGUAGUUUUUGUAA